UAAUACGACAAGUCAUAACUUUCCAGCUUGAAUACAAAUCUCUCUAUUUCUCUGCAAAAAAAAAAAUGGCAAAAUGUCUCAUCAAUUCUUGUAUCCCUAUCCUCCGUAGACGCCAAGCAAUAGUCACGCUAGUUUUCUUUGAGCAAGGAUCCACCAAAACCCUAUGUGACUCAAAGAAACACGUCGCCGGAGAAAUCAUGUUCGAGUUUCCCGAUCAAAUCGUGUGCCAUGCAGAUUCAUUCUUCAUCGGCCGUCCCGUUCCAGCUCUAGCCAUGGACGACUAUCUACUCCCAGGUCAAACCUAUUUCGUUUUACCGAUCGAACGUUUCGCUUAUAAAAUCUUAACCACUUCGUGUCUCUCCAUCUUCAACUCUAAUAAUGGUGAAAAAGUUCCGUCUACUAAUCAACCAACGUUGAAUUUCACCGCCCCGUCGAGUCCACCACCGUUCGAGUAUUCUAAGGGAGUAAACGGGAAGGUUUUGAUAAAAGUUUCUCCUGUUUUUAUCAUGAGUCUUAUAUGUAAAAACAGAAACAUGUGCAGCAAAGGAGAGGCGAUAAUAGAUUGUGGUGAGAGCAGUGAGCUUUGUAAUUCUCCCGAGCUAAAGAAGCAGUAUGAUCAGCUUGUGGGAACGAGAGAACACAUAUGGUCACCGAAGUUGCAGACGAUCUCCGAGCAUGAGACUAGGGUUUCUCCAUUAAGGUUCUUGGGGAUUAUUCGAAGGCAACAAGAAGUGAAAUGAUUAAGCUACGAAAAGUAUUCAUAGUUUUUAUUUUCAUAGUUCUUCUUUCGUACAGUUGUUCUUUAAAACAAAACAAAAAAAAAAAUUGAAUGAUAAGAAAGAAAGAAAAAAAUUAGAGUGGUUAGUUAAAUGUGUAGUUGGUAUUGUUUGGUUGGUUACAACUUACAAGUUAGUCCAAGUUGACAAUUGCAUGUUCUGUAUUAUUUCCACAAAGUAACAUAUUAAUUUGCGAGGUGCUCCACAUACAUAUGAGGUGAUAUGAUGAUAUAUGGUUCGUUCAUCCUUGACAAUUCAACUCUGCUCGCACGUUAAUUUGUUGUAACCUUUGAAUACUUUAUGGCUUCGCUUGAUGGUCUUCAGAAAUGAGAAGAUGAUUUGGUUUAUUAUUUUUUGUUCAGCAUGAGAAGAUAUAUUAAAGAAAACAACUAACGACUUAUCUC